AUGACAGCCUCGGCGAGUAACCAGUCCAACGAUGCACAAGGGCCUGCUGACACUGGAAGAGCUAAGAAGGGGGCGGCGGGUCAAGACAACGUGCAUCGUAUUUCUCCACGUAAUAGAGUAAGCUCCCAUAACGCCGUAAGCACUUUUGCGCAAAGCGAGCAGUCGGGACACCAGCACCAUAAUCAAGCCAUCAUGCCCCAGUCCUCCCACCAGCAGUCCUAUCCUAGCAAUAAAAAUCACAGAAUACAUCUAUCACCAGCUCCGUGGUUGGAUAUGGUCUCGUUCGACGCAGCACAGGAGCUAGAUUUUGACGGAUCGGCAUUGGCCCUCCCAACAACAUCAUAUGCCGAUAGAGAGCGAGUGCCUAGUAUACCUGUCAUUCUACAGAAACAUCUGUUCCUUUCCCCAUCGUCCACCACAUAUAAUCUCGAAACCAGUCCAUCAUCGCAUCUCCCUUCUACUCGCAGUGGUCGGCGGAAUGAUCAAGAAUCAAAAGGUAUGCAGCCGCUGAACCAGCUUCGCAGGACAAGAGUUGCUAUAGAUCCUGCAGCUGCUCUAAAUGGCAACCUUCCCUCGGCUUCGAGAAGCACUAAUCGAAUCGCAUGA